AUGUCUACUGGCCAGACUGAUGUAACAUAUCGAUCUGGCAUGGGAAAUAGAGAAAUGCCUCGUGCAAAAUCGCGUGGCUCAAAUCGGACUAAACUUGGUAAAGUUGCAUCAUCAGCUAGGAGAUCGAAUUUCAAGCAAAAGCGUACAAGAGCAAGCAGUAAACGAUUAAAAUCGAGAGCUGCAAAGUCUAAGGACAGCCGACGUGUAUGGGAUGACAGUGAUGAAGAGUAUGAUCGACUUGACUAUUACACAGAUUCGUCAAAUGACUAUGAUAGUGAAACUUCUGUUAUCCAAAGAAAUUCUAUGACAAGGGAUGUUGAGGAUGACUCUGAGAAUGAGGAAAUGGAAGAAACUGUAUUGCGAAGUAGUUGUGUUCCAACGCCUGAGUCAUCUUCAUAUGAAGAUGAAUGUAUUGAAUGCCCAUGGAUUGAGAUAUCACCAGAGCAAUUGCCUGUAUUAGAAUUACCAGAAGGCAGUACGGACUUAUUAAUUGACGGAAAUUACUUGUUGCAAACUCUUGAGAUUUAUGAAACAUGUCGUUGGUAUUAUCAGUCAAUACGACUUUCGCCAUUUUUGUUCGAGGAUUUUUGUGCUGCUAUAUGUGCAGAGGCCCAAACAAACCUAUUAGCAGAAAUGCAUAUUGCGCUAUUGAAAUUAGCACUGAAAGACGAUGAGGAUGAGCAAAUUAUUUUGUCGGUUCAGGAUACAAAUAGCAGCUUUAAUAUUAUGCUUCAGUUGCUCGAACCAAUGACUUAUGCUGAGGUAUUGAGGCAGUAUCUUGAAAGUGAUCCACAGCGCUUUCCAAAUGCAGUUUUGGAAGCAGUAGGUGGAAAUUAUCCAUUUGUUGAUGUACAAAAAAGGCUUACGGUACUUUCGUGGCUGUGUGAUCGGUUCCUUCAAAGCAGCGAAUAUAGGAAUAUUGUGAGAAAUGAGGGUAAAAAAACAGUUGAUGAGCUUUGCCGUGAAUGUGGAAAACCGGGCGAUAUUUUGUUAUGUGAUGGCUGUGAGGCAAGCUAUCAUUUACCUUGCACGAAUUUAGGCGACGUGCCAGAUGGAAAAUGGUUGUGCCAAGUGUGUGAAUUACAUAAGGUACGCGGUGUGACAGACUGUGAACUUACAGAUCGAUCAUCACGCCUACCGUUACGUUUUAAUCCUCUUGGUUAUGAUCGGCAUGGUCGUCGUUACUGGUUUUUAGUGAGACGAAUAUUUGUUCAGGAUGAUGCUGAUGGUUCAGUGCAGUACUACAGUACUCUUCCUCAGUUAUAUGCACUAUUGAAUGCUUUAUGUGCCAGUCAUUAUGAAAAGCAUUUAGCAGCAGUUUUCAUGGAUCUUCUUGCUAUUAUCGAUGAACAUAUGCGAAUAACUUUACAACUAACAACUGAUUAUGGAAGAAGUGCUAGAACCAGAAAUAAAACGGAUUUAUUUUUACAUGCAGAUAAUGUUGUACGAAUGGGUGAUAUCUUGAUGAAACCACUGCACAGUCAGUUGCAAGAAAGUGGAGAUGACCGUGUAGUAGUUAAGCUUGAUUGCACAAAGCACAUUGAAGUGAGCAAGUAUUUAUUGCUUUGCAAAGCAGAAGAAUUACUGGGAUUCAAAGAAAAUUGCUUAACGAAUACAUUUUGGACAGCUGGUAUGCAAACUCAUGAAGUGAUUACUAAAAAAGACGCAAUUGAAGCAACCUUCCAUUCCUCGUUGGGCACCAAUAAUAUUGUGAAAUUUGGGUUUAGACUGGGAGAAGGCGAUGCAUCAGCCCGUUAUAUCAAUCAGUUUCGGACAAAUGAAUAUGCAAAAAGCCCUAUUCAGCGAGCAAAAGAAAGAGAUAAGAAAAAAUAUAUGUGUGGAAGGUUUUCACUUAUGGACGAAGGAGAAUUUAGUUGGACUAUUUUAAAAGGACGGGGUAUCUCUGGUACGCCAAAUCAAAUCGGGAAAAUCAUUCAAGAUUCUCUGGAGAACUUUGUUCAAAAGAUACCACUUGUUCUGAUGCAUCGAUUGUGGAAACGUGACGGUUGUGAUAAUUUUAAGAAGGGUUUAAGUGCUCCACCAACGGUAGACCUUUUAAAGGAUUUGUUAUUGAAGUUUGAAUGCGCGAUCCGACGGCCAGUACUUCAUAGUGUGUGGUGGAAUGCGCUAGGGCAUACGCGGUUAAUACGAAUAACUGCAGAUGAUCGCGAAAGACGUCAGCAUUAUGAAAGAAAGAAAAAAAAACAAGAAAGAGAAUUGUUAGCAGCAGAACCGGAUGACGAUGAUGUAAUUUGGGUGAAACAUCUGAAAGUAGGCGCAGUACUCAAAAGAACUUUGUGGAGGCAAAAUGAUGAAGGUUAUCGGGUGAAUGGUCGUGGUGCACUUGGCGGCUGGUUAUGGAAGUCAAAAACAUUCCAUCGUACAUUUGUUCCUAUUGCUGAAAAACCAGCUAUUGCUGGAAUAAUAAAAUCGAAUACUUUGGCAAAUCAGAAAGCGAUUUAUCUGGAAAGUGUGAUUAGUCGUCUUUAUGGCUGGAGAACUGCAGAAAUGGAAUGUGAAGAACGAAAUUGGCAAACAGAGUUGUUGAAGAACUGUUAUUCUCCAACAUGUAGGACGAGUAGAGUGCCAUUCUAUAUGAUAUCGGGAAAUGACAGUAUUCACAGUUGUUACAGCCCUACUUGUCGUCAAGCUUUGAUUCAGUCAAUGGACAGAACCACUAGCGGUGUUGUACAUGCAAGACCACUAUCGUCCAAAUGCGUUCAAGGAAAUGGACAGAGUAACAAAGUAUGUCUAGCGAAUAAACCUUUUCCUUUACCGACACCGUUCGAUUACCGUGUGAAGCGUACAGGUGAACAGAGCAUAUUGAUCUUGCCGCAGAGAGCACUUAAACGUUUGGCGCGCCAGGGUGGUGUCAAUUUGAAUUAUUUUGUACCUGGUUUUCAUCGCAUGGCCAAAAGUAAUAGUCAAGUGUGGGAUUAUCCUUGUCAGCGUCCGCUUUUUGGCAAUUGUUGGAGAUAUUUGCUGUUACGUGCUCCAUCAUAUCAUUCAGUUGCUUUACACUUACGAAUACUUUAUGCAUGCAUUCGGUGGGCUGACUUGUAUCGUGAACCAGAUGAGGAUAUGAGAGUAACAGUCCAUCUCGCAGACCAUGAUGAAGUGCGUGUAAUUACUGACCACAGAGAAUAUCCACCAGAUGGCAUGCAUGAGCGAUAUAAGCUCAGUAUAGAAAUCAUUCCUCUUGAUGAUAAUGUUGAAUUAGAUGAUGCUGAUGAAGCUUUACGAAAAAGAAAGCCGCCAAAAAAUAAAGCUAUUAAUGACACUGUGAAGAGAGAUAAAAUUAAGAUGAUUGAACGAUGGGUCGAUGGAACUGAGCUCAAACCUUGGGAGAUAGCCGAUUACUGGAAGACUGUAGAAAACCGAAAACGUAAUAUUCUAUCUACAGAAAUGGCUAGCAGCAGAUUUUCUAAUUUGAUUAUCAAGCGAAGUGAGUUGGCGCAGACUAAUGUAAGAGAGCAUUCACAAUCUAAACCUAUAUCAAAAUGUGAGUACAAUAUACGAGGUAAUGACGAUGACGAUGAUGAGUUUAUUGAUGUCGAAACUUUGCUUGAUGAUAGUAAAGCUGAAGUAAAUUCGAAUUUUGAACCAAAACAAAAGAUUCAGCGAUUGUCGCAGUCAGUAUCAGAACAACGGCAACGUGGAAGUUCUUACCAAAUUGAAUAUCGAAAUCCAAAUGUUCAUUACCAGUUUGAAAGAGUGAUCAGACAACCAACAGAAUUGUUAGGUGGAGAUGGUACUAUAUGUCGUGUGAUGAUAUAUAAAAAUCUUCCAACGCAGGAGACUAGCUCAACUACUGUGGGAUCUUCUCGUUCAUCUCCAGUUGCAACUUCGCAUUUGAAAACUGGAAGUGGUGAGCGAGAACCUAUGCGAAUUCAAGUUCCACGAAGAGUUUUAGUUGCUAGCUCGAGCCAUAGUACUUCUCCACCGGCAGCAAUGGGUAGGAAAUUAUUGCUUAUUCGUCGAAGUGAUGGUACCACCCAGUAUUUAAGACCUGUUACAAGUGGUAGCGGACCCCGUACAUAUCGACCUAUUCGAGCGAUACCGGCUGGCAGUACUGUACCAAGUGAUGUCCAGAGCCCUACAGCUGGUCGUAUAAUUCGGUCGGUUGGACCGAUUCGUACUGUUUUUAGUGGUGAUCAAUUAAUGGGUAGAUCUGUGCAGUUACCUUCGCGGGCAUCGUCAUCAGCAAAUUCGCUUGUUGGAAACCAUACUUCAUCUGUGAUUCGAAACACUCCAAUGCAACAGGAUAUCAAACGACGUGUAGAUGAUGACCGAGUAGUGGCUGAGCAAAACACUGGUGUAUCUUUCUCUCAGAUGAAAGAAAGGAACAGACUAGCAGCUGAAAGUGUGGUGCGCUCAUUGGGAAGACCAUGUGGAGGAGCACCUUCUGGAAGUGAACGAGCUCUCGCAGGUGCAAGACCGGUUGUAACAGUGCAACCACGGCAAGGUUUAGCAGCAGUGGUUCACUCAUCUCUAGAACACCAAACAUCUGGUCAAACGUUUGGUAAUGGCAGUCGAAUGGCUAAUACUGGACCUUAUGCAGUUUCUCGUGGUAGAUGCAGGAAAGUGGUACGAUCGUUACAAACCAGGAUACCAGGGUACCGGUUGCCAGUGUCAGUGCAUCCUGGGUCUGAAAGAGUUAGAAUGUCAUAUCCCAGAGGUAGAGCACUCUCGUUUUAUGGCAGGAUACACUCUUCUCGUCUUGAUGAAUUGGCUGACGCAGCAUCAGCAUAUGGACAAAAUUUUAAUGUUGACCGUUCGCAGUUGCGCUGCAUUGGAACUAUUAACAUGCGAUCAAAUUUAUUUAUUCGUGUUUCGGACUCUACUGACUUACGAGUUAUUAAGAAGAUUCUUGAUGAAUUAAUAACCGAAGUUUGCAUAAUGGAUGCUGAAAAUGGUUGGCACAGGCGAAAUGUUCAACUUGUUUUUCAAAAACGUCAAGAAGAACGGAAGCGGCGGGAAUUGGAACAAAGAACACUGAAAAUGGAAAGAGUUGCAGCGCGACGACUUGAAGCUGAAUUAAGCGGUCACAUCGAGCGGUUUAAAAAAGAAGUGGAUAAGAGGCGGAUUAAAUUAGAAGAGAGAGCAGAAGCUGAGACCGGGAUGAUUGCACCGUGGCGCAAAGCCCGACUUAAGGCUGAGAAAGACACUCAUAUUCAUACUGAAUCGAAUACGCAGUUACAAUCAUCAGCAGCUCUGCCAGAGCCAAAAAAUAAAUUUGAGAGCUUGAUUCAUACUGUUCUGAAUAUGGCAAGCCAGGAAGGAUGCAAUGAGCAAAGUACAUCCCAAUUAUUAUCUACAGAUGAGACUGCUACUAAAUUAGGUUCUGAUUUUCAAAAAUCAGUACAACAAGCUGAAGAACAAAGCACCGAUGAAAAAACUGUACCUUCUACAAUUUCUCUAGAAACUGGUGGAAGUAGUAUAACAGAACAGUCUCAGUCAGCUGGAUCUGUGAAAUCUGAGCCACAAUCACUUCAUAAUCUUCCUACCGUAGAAUCACAAAAAGUUUCAAGGAUAAAUAAAAAGAAUAAGGAACAACAAAGUCAUAGUUUGAGCAUUGAUAAUUCAUCAACAUGGUCUCGACCGAAAAGAGGUAGUUUGAAAUCGUUUCCCGAUAUCGAUGUCACAAAACGUCAUUGUAAAUGCAACCAGCCUUAUGAUCCAAAAAAGUUUUAUGUUGGUUGCGACUUGUGCUAUCGAUGGUUUCAUGGUAAAUGUGUUAGUAUAACAGAAAAAAAAUCAAAGAAAAUGACGAGUUGGAUGUGUGAUGAUUGUCAUAAAGAACAAAAAAUCACGGAAGAGGAACUUUAUUGUGUUUGUCAAACUCCAUAUGAUGAUUCCCGAUUUUAUGUUGGUUGUGAUGGAUGUGAAGGAUGGUUUCAUCCACAAUGUGUCGGCAUCACCAAAGAAGAAGCUGAAAAAGCAGCAGAGUAUUUGUGUCCUCAGUGCGUAAGAAAUAAGCUAACAGACCGCUAUUCGAGGGAUUCAUUAUCACCACAUACAAAACUCAGUAAUGCCCAGUUUGAGCUCUUGUGGCAUGUUCUCAAUAACUUGAAGGAACACCGCACUAGCUGGCCAUUUCGAGAAGCAGUUGAUCCAAAAGAACAUCCAGAUUACUAUACACUUAUUAAAAAGCCGAUGGAUUUGAACAUUGUGCAACAAAAAUUAGAACACCGUGAAUAUCAUCAUUUAAAAGAAUUUACGGCUGAUAUAACACAGAUUUUUGAAAAUGCUCGAAUUUUCAAUCCUAAAGAUUCUGCCAUAUAUCAGUGUGCUGAUAUUCUUGAAAAACAGUUUCGUGGUCGUAUUUUAGAGGUUAAAGCUGCUAUGGAAACAAGACUUGCUGAGCAGACAGACUAG